AUGUCGACUAAGGCUGAUGCUGUUCGUCCUCGGGCAACAGAAACUAAGAAGGUGCAUAUCGCCGAUACCCCGAUCACCCGUCGCAACUGGCACAAGCAUGUCGACUGGCUCAAUGUGUUCUUCAUCCUGGGCAUUCCGGCUAUGGGCUUCGUCGCGGCCUUCUGGACACAUUUGUACCUUAAGACUGCUAUUUGGGCUCUGUUAUACUACUUCUGCACUGGUCUUGGAAUCACUGCUGGUUACCAUCGUCUGUGGGCUCACUCCUCUUAUUCCGCUACUAUGCCUUUGCAAGUCAUGCUCGCUCUUUUCGGUGCUGGUGCCGUUGAGGGCUCCAUCCGCUGGUGGUCCCGCGGCCACCGUUCCCACCACCGUUACACCGACACUGAGAAGGACCCUUACUCCGUCCGCAAGGGUUUCUGGUAUUCCCACAUCGGCUGGAUGGUCAUGAAGCAGAACCCCAAGCGCAUUGGCCGUUCCGACAUCACCGAUCUGAACGAGGACCCCCUCGUCGUCUGGCAACACCGCAACUACAUCAAGUGUGUCUUCAUUAUGGGACUCUUGUUCCCUAUGUUGGUGGCUGGUCUUGGCUGGGGUGACUGGAAGGGUGGAUUCGUCUACGCUGGUAUUCUCCGCAUCUUCGUUGUCCAGCAGGCCACCUUCUGCGUUAACUCCCUUGCCCACUGGCUCGGUGAUCAGCCCUUCGACGACCGUAACUCACCCCGUGAUCACCUUAUCACUGCUUUUGUCACUCUCGGCGAGGGAUACCACAACUUUCACCACGAGUUCCCUUCGGACUACCGUAACGCUAUCCAAUGGUUCCAGUACGAUCCUACGAAGUGGUCCAUUUGGGUCUGGAAGCAGCUCGGUCUCGCCUACGAUCUUAAGCAGUUCCGCGCCAACGAGAUCGAGAAGGGUCGUGUUCAGCAGCUCCAGAAGAAGAUUGACCAGAAGCGCGCCAAGCUCGACUGGGGCACUCCUCUCGACCAGCUCCCCGUUAUGGAGUGGGAUGACUAUGUUGAGCAGUCCAAGAACGGCCGUGGUCUCAUUGCUGUCGCCGGUGUUGUUCACGAUUUGACCGAUUUCAUCAAGGACCACCCCGGUGGCAAGGCCAUGAUCACCUCCGGUAUCGGAAAGGAUGCUACUGCCAUGUUCAACGGUGGUGUUUACUACCACUCCAACGCUGCCCACAACCUGCUUUCCACCAUGCGUGUUGGUGUCAUCCGCGGUGGCUGCGAGGUUGAGAUCUGGAAGCGUGCUCAGAAGGAGAACCCCGAGUACGUUCGGGACGAAAAUGGCAACCGCAUCAUCCGUGCUGGUCAACAGGUCACUAAGAUGCCUGAGCCCAUUCCCACCGCUGAUGCUGCUUAA